AUUUGAGUUUGAUUCAACACACCUGGCUUAAGUGAACUCUAACCUGUUUCCGCCUCUGAGGCAAAUUUCCAUCACCUUUUGUGGUUUUGAUCGGCUCACGGAGCACAGCUGAACGCGGGGUUACAGCUGACCGCUUUCGCUUCCGCUUUACCUUUCCACUCCAUUGCCGCCACAACGGACAGAGGGUUCACUACCAAGACUUGAAAGAUUGAUUUAAUAUUCGGGCAUUUGUUGUUACAAGGGUCAUUUAUGACAUAGUGUGACAAGUCAGCCGCGCCUAACCGUUCCACAUUUGGUUCAACUGUUGUGAUAUUGUAACCUAAGUUGAUGGUUAUGAUUAAUUGGAUAGUGCAACUCAAAUAUGACCGGAGAAAAGAAGAUGAGCUUAGCCGAUUUGCCGGCCGAUAUUCUUGUCAAUAUACUGCCUUACCUUGACGUCCGGAGCUUUCUCAGUCUGUGCAGUACCAGCACAGGCUUCUAUAGACAUCGCCUGGAUCCGGCAUAUUGGCGACGAUUGGUCCGAACCACGUUUCGUUUGCCAGACCAGCCAUUGCUCCAUACUGAUGGCGCAAGAUGGCAGAAACUUUACCGACGGCUUUGUACACAGAGCCAUGUGUUCACUUGGGGACAAGCCUCGUCAGAAUUUGUUCUUAAUUUCAGAGAUACUUUCCGUGAAUCGAUGCGAGCAAAUCCUCAUGCUCGCAGAUUUGUAAAGAGAUUUGUACAUUGGCCAUCUGAAGUCCGAGAUGCAAUGCAGAUUGGAACCGUCGUGGAUAUCCAGUGUGGAGGCUGGUCAGUAACCAUGCUCAAUUCGGAGGGAGCACUGUAUACGCUCGGAAAUAUUAGUGGCAGUUUCAAUACCUUGCAUGCGCAUAACAGAUCAAAGGGUAUCCUCGAGUUACUUCAAUUCCCAAGUGGCUAUCCGCAGAUUGAUGAACGAUACGAUCCGGCUAUUGCAAUCGCCCAAUUUUCUUCCGGUCGAUCACAUGUCCUCGGACUUUCGGACAGCGGACGGAUCUGGUUCUGGCAUAAACAGUUGACACCUGCACUUAAUAUUGAGUUCCUUCACGUGGAUACUGUGAAAUAUGGCGGGGCCUCAGGUGUAGACGAUGACGCUCGCGGGACUGUCCAAAGAGUUGUAGCUGGUUGGGAUCGAAGCUCUGCAUAUGUCAAAGGCACGGGUAUUGUCGUAUGGGAUACCGAUCCAUAUGAGCAACAGGAAGAGGAUACUCUUCUCGUCGACGCGGAUACAGUUCCGCAAAGUGGCUAUCUACGACCGAGAGGGAAUACCAGAGAACCCGAUGACGCAACAGAAAUUCUAGGUUCUACCGUUGGCGAAGUCAUAAAACACAUUAUACUUGAAGGAUAUACGGUUUUUCUAACUGAUCUUGGAAAAGUCUUCGCAGCGAAGACUGAGACCCGUGAGAAGCUGUUGCUUGGGGUCGUUGAACUCAGUGGUUUUGUGGACCAAUCCUGUCCCGACGCUGUUGAUCGAAACAACACCAAUGAUAAAGUCUCUGACAUUCAGGGCUCGUUUCGCUCUUUCGCAGCUUUCAAAAUGAAUGGCGGUAUAUUACUUGGUGACCGGCGCCUGUUGGAUGCUUAUUGGGAUUCCAAGUUUGGCGACGGAACGACCACCGAGCUCCCUGAACCUCGCAGCCCACACGCUUUGCAGAACAAAGGAAUUAUCUCUUUAGCUUUUGGAGAUUAUCACUAUCAUGCACUGCACGCCAAUGGCCAAAUAUCAUCAUAUGGCAAUGAGCCACAGUCUUCUGGAGCCCUAGGCUUAGGCGAGUACUCAGAAGGAGGAUCUUUUAGAGGGCUUAACAAGGUGGGUCAUGUUCAGGAUAUCAACUUUCUGCCGCACGCCACUAGUGAUGGGCGUCGUGUAUGGUUCGAACCUACAAAACGGGAGUGGUUGCGGUUCAUGUCCAAAGGUGGCUCGCACCCUGAUGAAGCCCAUGGACGACUCCAACUGGUCAACACAAGAAAUGAUGUUCGUGAUGACCUGGGGGAAUGGUUUGAACAAGAAGGGGCUCACUGGAACGAUCAUUCCGAAGUUUCAAAGCUUGAUGAUGACGGACUUGGUCCAUAUUACGCCUUGACGAUAGCAGCAGGAGGGUGGCACAGCACUGCCUUGGUGCUUGUCAAUGAGAAAAUGGCUGCGAAGAGCUGGGAAGUGUAUGCUCAACCUGUGAAUCCAGAAGCGUCCUUUUCAAUGCGUGAAUGGGCGAGAAAGAAGUGGAACACGUUUUCUUCGACAGAUCUUGAUACAGGUCCUCGCCAAUUACGGACACGGAGCAGCAUGGAGCAACUGGAUCGCACCGGGCCAGCGACGUUCAAAGACUCAGAUGGUCAAGAAUUUCGAUUUGCAUGGGCCGAUGACCCAUUUCCCCGUAUCCAGCUUCGGUCUGGGGAGGAAAUGCCGGGGCAGGUGCCUCUAUCUGAUUGGAAAGACGGAAAGCCAUAUUGAUGGGGCGAGCUAUGAUGACUGAGCUUUGUUGGCGAUGCUCUGGAGUUUCAUCUCAUGGCGCAUAGUCACCUCUGCAAAGACCAGUGUUUCUGCAUAAUGCAUUUUGUUGAAAUCGCAACCGUUGUGGUCGAGUUAAGCAAGCCUCGGGGACGCGGUCAACCGGCCAUGCAUUCGUCGCUUUCAAAUCUUAUCAUGUCAUGUAAUCGAGUAUCACAAACGUACUGCACAGUGGGCGUAAAUUAUGAAAAAUCGACAAUGUCAUCUUUAUC